AUGGGCCAUGACCCUGGAUUAGUCAGGGGAGGAGCCAUGCCUGGAGAAUGGCAAGCCAGGUUUGGCAGGGGCGCAGCCCACAGGGAUCUCGAGGCAGUUGUGGGAGCCUUCUGGGAGGAUGAGGAGGAUGAGCAGGAGGGCGCCCUGAACAUAGCUGAGGAGCACUGGGAUGAUGAGGAGGACAAAGAAGAAGAGGAGGAAGAGGAAGACAGCGAGGAGGAAGACGGCGACAGCGAGGAGGAAGAUGAGGAUUUUGUGGACCAAGGGGAGGUAGAGAAGCUUGGUCUUCCUGGGGCCAAAGCACCAGAUGCUGCUGCUUUUAAACUGGGAUAUUUUUUCCAGCGACUUAUGAUCCCAAAGUCUGUACCAGUCUUUGAAGAGGAUGAAUAUCUGGACGAAUACUAUGAUGAAGAGGAAGAGGAUGAAAAUGAAAAACCAGAAGGACUCGAAAUGGAUGUGGUCUCAACAGAGGGCAGCCAUGAAAAAUAAAGUUGGAAGGCAUAGAAAGAAAAGGACAGCGGAAGGGAACAUGAAUUUGUCCUUCACAGAUGUUUUAGUUUUCAUUAGCCCAAAAUGUUAAUUUUUUUUCAAAGUUCAAAUGAUAUUACCUGACCUUUACUCUUAUCAUUUACAAAUAUAUUUGACAGCAUUGUUCACAUUGAAAAUAAAAACUUGUUUGAAAUGAA